GUGAGUGGUGUGGGCUUCCUGUUUUCAGAUCAUUGCUUUUCGUAUCUUUGUCCACUAGAGUGUGACAAUAGUUUGCCUUUUUCAAUCCUGACUCACCCUUUUCCUGAUUCCCUAUGUUUUCCCAACUGGUAUAUGUUACUAACUUUUCCUCUGUUUUCCCAACUUGGUAGAUCUGUCGAAGAUUGCAAUCUUAGGCUUCCAGAUCAAUUACAGAAGAGGGCUUCUGCCAAGACGUUGCUUUUCAUUGAAUUUGGAAAUCUUAGGGCAACCAAGAAAAGGAAAAACGGUCUCUGUUGAGUGGGGGAGGUAAAAGAAAGGUGGGAGUCUGAAGUACAGAGAGAGAGAGAGAGAGAGAGAUGAUUACCGAGAAGCCAGGAUGGGUGAGGCACGGCGGCUUGCAGAUAUUCUCCAUAGAUAUUCAACCUGGUGGUCAACGUUUCGCGACCGCUGGAGGAGAUCAUAAGGUUCGGAUAUGGAAUAUGAAAUCUGCAUCUAAAGAGGUGGAACCAGAUCAGUCCACACAUGCUUUGCUGGCUACACUUCGUGAACAUUUUGGAUCUGUUAAUUGCGUAAGGUGGGCUAAGCAUGGGCGUUUUGUGGCAUCUGGUUCUGAUGAUCAGCUGAUUCUUAUUCAUGAGAGAAAACCUGGGACUGGCACUACUGAGUUUGGCAGUGGGGAGCCUCCGGAUGUAGAAAACUGGAAAGUCGUGAUGACCUUGCGUGGACAUACCUCUGAUGUGGUGGAUCUUAACUGGUCUCCAGAUGAUACAAUAUUAGCUAGUUGUAGUUUAGAUAAUACAGUUCACAUAUGGAAUAUGAGCAAUGGCAUCUGCACUUCUGUUUUAAGAGGACAUUCAAGCCUGGUCAAGGGAAUUGCAUGGGAUCCCAUAGGUUCCUUUCUUGCAAGUCAAUCAGAUGAUAAGACUGUCAUCAUCUGGCGAACAAGUGACUGGAGCAUUGAGCAUAGGACAGAAGGACACUGGGGAAAAUCUGUUGGUUCAACAUUCUUCAGACGGCUUGGAUGGUCACCUUGUGGCCAUUUUAUCACUACUACACACGGAUUUCAGAAGCCCAGGCACUCUGCACCAGUACUGGAGAGAGGUGACUGGUCUGCAACCUUUGAUUUUCUGGGGCACAAUGCUCCUGUUGUUGCUGUGAAGUUUAACCAUUCUAUGUUCCGGAAGACUUAUGCUAAUGGUUCAGAUCCAAGAGUUGAUUCAAUUGGUUGGUCCAACGGUGCCUCCAAAUCUACAGAAAGAGAACAAACAUCAAAGACCACAUCUAAAGAAUCAGUACCUUAUAACGUGAUUGCUAUUGGGAGUCAGGAUUGCACCAUUACUGUUUGGACUACAGCAAGUCCUCGACCACUUUUUGUUGCCAAACAUUAUUUUACUCAAAGUGUUGUUGACUUAUCCUGGAGUCCAGAUGGUUAUGCACUUUUUGCAUGUUCUUUGGAUGGGACUAUAGCCACAUUCCAUUUUGAGGUUAAGGAACUUGGUCAUCGAUUGACAGAUGCUGAAUUGGAUAAGUUGAAAAGGAGUAGAUAUGGUGAUGUCAGGGGGAGACAGACAAACUUAGCAGAAAGCCCUGCGCAGUUGUUGCUAGAGGCAGCAUCUGCUGAACAAUCUGCUAGCAAAAAGGGAACUACACUUUCUCAUCAAAAUCAAGUGCCUGGCAAAGCUUCCGUGGACAUUGAUAACACAAUUAUUGUUCAAACACAGUCAGAGGUUCCUGAUACACCCACUGAAGAUGAAAAGAAAAUUGAAAUCUCUGGUGGUGCUACCGUUGGCUGUGUCAGUGGUGGUGGGCUUAACAAAGCUGCUACAAGGAUUUCUAGUCCAGUAAAACAGAGAGAAUAUAGGCGACCCGAUGGUAGAAAAAGGAUUAUUCCUGAAGCAGUCGGUGUGCCAGCACAACAGGAGAAUAUCUCAGGGGUUGCCCAAGGGGCUUCACUAGUUGUGGCCCUCUCAGUCUCAGAUCCAAAGAAGGAUGAUAAUGGGGCUAUCUAUGCAGAUGCUGGAGCUAAGGAAGCUCCUGUUAAGAGACCGUCUGGUGGCGGCUCUGGAACAAGUGAUCUUGCUGGAGGAUGCUGCCAUUAUGGUGGCAAAGAGCGAAGUGGGGUAACUGCAAGAGCCAGCAUUACUGAAAGCUUAGUUCUUGAAAAAGUUCCUGCCUCUGCUACCAAUGAUGGAAAAACAAAUUUAGAGCGUGCUGGUCUUAUGAGCAUGUCAGGUGGACAGGUGUCUACAGACAUCCUUUCUAUCUGUGUCUUUGAUAAGAAGGAAGGUGAAAGCACUGCGUUCUGCUUGGAGGCCAAGCCUAUAGAGCGGGUUUUAAAUGAAAUGUAUGGAGUUGGGAGUGCACCCAUGCCAAGAGAGACUGAAAUUACAUGUUCCAAAGGAGGUUCUGUGCUCUGGUCUGAUAGGUUGUUAGGAAAAGUGACUGUCUUAGCUGGAAAUAUUAAUUUCUGGGCAGUUGGCACAGAAGAUGGCUGCUUGCAGGUUUACACCAAAUGUGGGAGAAGGGCAAUGCCAACUAUAAUGAUGGGGUCUGCAGCAAUUUUUAUUGAUUGUGAUGAGGGCUGGAAGUUGUUGCUGGUCACAAAAAGGGGAUUACUUUAUGUUUGGAAUCUUUUCAAUAGUACCUGCCUUGUGCAUGAUUCCCUACUCUCCCUCUUCACAUGCAGGCAUGAUUCCUCUUCAAAGGAUACAGGUUCUAUCAAAGUCAUUUCUGCAAGAUUCUCAAGAUCAGGAUCGCCUCUUGUUGUCUUAGCCACCCGUCGAGCUUUUCUAUUUGAUUUGAGCCUUUGUUGUUGGUUGAGGAUCGCUGAUGAUUGCUUUCCUGGAUCAAACUUUUCAAGUUCCUGGAACCUAGGGCAAGUUGGUGAACUUGCUGCUUUGCAGGUUGAUGUUGGAAAAUUCUUGGCAAGAAAGCCUGGUUGGAGCAGGACUUUGACUGAUGAUGGUGUGCAGACCAGGGCACAUCUGGAAGCACAGCUUGCAUCUUCCUUAGCUUUGAAAUCACCUAAUGAAUAUCGCCAAUGCCUCCUCUCCUAUAUCCGAUUUCUUGCCAGGGAAGCAGAUGAGUCACGCUUGAGAGAAGUAUGUGAGACAUUUCUUGGUCCUCCCACUGGCAUGGUUGUUUCUGCUGCUUCUACACUGCAAAACCCUGCAUGGGAUCCUUUUGUGCUUGGAAUGAAAAAGCACAAACUCCUUAGAGAAGACAUCCUUCCAGCAAUGGCAUCAAGCAGGAAAGUGCAGCGACUUCUCAAUGAGUUCAUGGAUCUGCUGUCCGAGUACGAAAACAAUGCGAAUGAGACAAACACUGAGCAGGGAGAUUUGGUGCUUUCUAAGCAUGACACCUGAUCAUGGCCUUAAAGGAACUCAAAAGGCCCUCUAUUUAAAUUUGGGCAAUGUGUAUGAUAGCCAUCCUUUCCCAGCAAUGCUUGCUAGUCUCUCACCUAGAUCUCAGUUUUUGGUAAUUGUACAGGGCUAACACCAGUCUUAUUCUUGAUGUCACAUAGGGUCGUGCUUAGGGCAUUUCUGUAUUUCAUCUACCUUGAUUUGUAUCCGUUUAAUCUCAAUUAAAUUGUAUAAGCAAGUUUUUGCACA